AAGGCGACAAAGUUUCCACACCUGUACGUGUUCCUCACCGACGGCUUUCGCGGUCAUUUCGGCGGGUGGUGUGUGUACGCGCGGCCGGUUAACGAGCGCGGGGACGGCGAAGACGCGCGCGAAAGAGGCGGAGAAGAAGAAGUUUUAGCGCCAAGUUAAAUCACCUCCUCCUCCCCGGGGUUAACGCGCCAGUCAUCUGUUCCCCCCCUUGAUCGAGCCCGCGCACGGCCCUGCUGGCACUCGAUCGACUCACGUAUCGAUCCCCUUCUCGGCCCAUUCAUUCAUCGAUCGAUCGAUUGCAAAGACAGACGGAACGUUGGACGAGCAGCGUCUCCAGGCGAGUGCACGGUUUGCCCCCCCAGCCUUUUGGGUAGAAUGCUGGGAAGUCGGGAAGAGACAGAAGCCAAGUCUGUUGAUCCCGAGGCGGCCACUUUAAAGACAACAAGGCCGAGGAAGAGGAAGGCAGAUGUUGCCAUUUAUUUACAAGACUUGGACGAGGAGACGGCGGAGAUGACCAAGAAAAAGCAGCGCGACUCGGAGGCUGCCUGGAGUUCCGGGGGCGUCUACGCGAGUCCACAGCGCUCUGCCUCCUCGCUGGAGCGGAAGGCCGAGCAGCGGAUCACCUUGAUCAACGUCGGCUUCCCGCACUACAACUCCAGCAACGUCUUGGCUACGCCCGUGCACUGCGCUCCGCUACCCGCACUGUGCUGGGCCAGCAAAGACGUGGUGUGGACCAACAUGUUGGCCAAGGACAAAACGUACGUGCGGGACGUCAACAUGAUGGAGAAACAUCCACACCUUCAGCCCAAAAUGAGGGCCAUUCUUCUGGACUGGCUCAUGGAGGUGAGCGAUGUGUACAAGCUCCACCGUGAGACGUACCACAUGGCGCAGGACUACUUCGACCGCUUCAUGGCCACGCAGAGGAACGUCUUCAAGUCCACCCUGCAGCUCAUUGGCAUCAGCUGCCUCUUCAUCGCCGCCAAAGUGGAGGAGAUGUACCCGCCCAAAGUGCACCAGUUUGCCUACGUGACCGACGAAGCCUGCACCGAAGACGAGAUCCUCGGCAUGGAGGUCAUCAUUAUGAAGGAGCUGAAGUGGAGUCUGAGCCCGCAGACGCCCGUCUCCUGGCUCAACGUCUACAUGCAGGUGGCCUACCUGAAGGAAUCGGACGAGCUGCUCAUCCCCAAAUACCCUCAAGCCACCUUCGCGCACAUCGCCGAGCUGUUGGACGUCUGCCUGCUGGACACGCGUUGCCUGGAGUUCUCCAAUGGCGUCCUCGCCGCAUCCGCCUUGUUUCACUUCUCGUCCCUGGAGCUGGUGGAGAACGUGUCGGCCCUGAAGAGGGCGGAGCUCGACGAGUGCGUCCGGUGGAUGGUGCCGUUUGCCAUGGCGCUGCGGGAGCUGGGCGGCGCUCCCAUGAAGACGUUUGCGGGCAUCGCCGCGGACGACAUGCACAACAUUCAGCCGCACGCCCCCUACCUGUCAUGGCUGGAGAAAGCGUCCCGGUACGAGGACGCCGAUCUGGAGCGUCACCGCAGCUGCCAGCUGCCCUCCGGCGUCCUGACUCCGCCCCUCAGCAGCGAGAAGACUGAGUCGCCGCUCGGCGUCGACGCGGCCGCCUCACUGCAGGUGCGACCCAGGAUGCGCUCGCCCGCCGCGCAGGUCGAACACGAUUGGACGGUCGCGCCGUAAACGUGCGGGGGUCCACGGGAGUGUUUUUCACGUCUGCGAGUUUUAUUUUUUAUUUUUUCCUCGGAUGGUAUUUCCUCAUUUGAAGGAGGACUUGGUGCCCCACCCACUGAUGCAUUGUGGGACUGCACGAAAGUUGAUUUCUUUUUUGGAGCGUUUCAGUGAAACAUCAGAAAAGCCAGUCACAUGACUUAUUUUAUUUCCUGUGUGACGGCGUACCUACCUGAGCGUGUUUCUUCGGUGCUUUCUUAUUGGCCCACAGACUGUUCCUGGAGUCAUGUGACUCCGUGCUGCUAUACAGCUGGGCUCGGCAUCAAGGCAAGAUGUGUGUGUGUGUGUGUGUGUGUGUGUGUAAUUGUGCGUGUGUGUGAUCAUUUUAACAGGAGGGACCAGUAGCCUGGCUACCAAACAAACGAGCUAACCAGCUUAGCUUCAGAAGCUGAACUUUAUUGAUUGUAUUUAACUUUUAGCCCCGCCCACUUGUCCCAUCCCGCCAACCGCCCCUAUCCCAACCUGACCACACCGCAAAAUCGUCAGUGUGACUUUU